GCGGGGGGCCAGGCCGGGACGGGCGGCGGGACCGGGGCGGUAGCGAGCCCGGCGGCCGCAAUCCCACAUCGGCCUCCUCAGCUUGUUAAGAGGCGCCUGAGGUGUGCUGCUGCUGCCCCCUCGCAGGGGAUGGCGGCUCCGGGCCCUCCGCAGCUCCCGUGGCUGCGGCUGGGCCCGCGGCUGCGGGCCGGGCUGGAGGUCGCGCUGCGGGUGCCCAGCUUGUUCCUCAUCGACGCCAUCUUCAACUCGUCCCCGCUGCCGGGGGGCUCUCUGGGCGCCGCGCUCCUGGGCGUGCUGCUGCGGCUGCUGGGUGUCUUUUUAUCCAGCGUUGUUCUGGUCUUACAACAGCAAGCACUUUUCAAGUUUUAUAUGAUCACCUCAGCAUUUCUGCUGGCUGCAACUUCAGUGUUGGUCAAUUACUACGCUUCUUUGCACGUAAACUUCUACAGUGCCUACUACACAGCUGCGUUUGGAAUUCAGAUCUUCCCUCACAAAGGACCUUCACUAUGGAUGGCACUUUCUAUCCUUCAGCUUACCUUUGGAAUUGGAUACGUUACACUGCUAAAUGUGCAGUCCAUAUACUCUCAACUCAUCAUCCUGGAUAUACUGAUUCCUGUGAUUGGAUUGGUUGUUGAAUUACCUUUAAAUAUCCGGCAGAUACUAGUUUUUAUUUCAGGCCUAGUUCUGACACUGAACACCACAGCCAUUUUAGUUGCCAAGCUGAAAUGGUUCUAUUACUCGGUGCGAUACGUGUACCUGCUGGUGAGGCACAUGUACCGCAUCUAUGGAUUACAGCUCCUGAUGGAAGAUACGUGGAAGAGGAUUCGGUUUCCAGCUGUACUGCGUGUCUUCUGGCUAACAAGGCUUGCAGCACAGGCUGUGGUAUUAACAUAUGUUGUAAAGAUGGCUGAAACUAAUACAGAAGAACAAUUCUUCUUUAUAUCGUGGGAUAACUGUUGGGAAGUGAUCUGCAGUCUGAUCAUUAGUGGGUGUGACUCGACUCUAACUGUGCUGGGCAUGAGCGCCGUCAUUUCCUCCAUAGCGCAUUAUUUGGGACUCGGCAUCUUGGCCUUCAUAGGAUCGACCGAUGAGGAUGACAAAAGGCUUGGCUUUGUAGCACCCGUCCUGUUUUUCAUUUUGGCUCUGCAGACUGGGUUAAGUGGGCUGAAACCAGAAGAGCGAUUGGUUCGCCUGAGUCGAAACAUGUGCCUUUUGUUGACUGCAGUCCUGCAUUUUAUCCAUGGAAUGACGGACCCCGUGCUGAUGUCCCUCAGUGCCUCCCACGUGUCAUCCUUUCGCAGACACUUCCCUGUCCUGUUUGUUUCUGCUUGCCUUUUCAUCCUUCCAGUUCUGCUCAGCUACAUCCUCUGGCACCACUAUGCAUUGAAUACAUGGCUUUUUGCAGUUACAGCAUUCUGUGUAGAGCUUUGCCUAAAAGUAAUAGUUUCUAUCACUGUUUAUAUAUUGUUUAUGAUUGAUGGCUAUUAUAAUGUGCUAUGGGAAAAACUUGAUGACUACGUCUACUAUGUUCGUUCAACUGGCAAUAUCAUAGAGUUUAUUUUUGGAGUCAUCAUGUUUGGCAAUGGAGCUUACACAAUGGUUUUUGAAUCGGGAAGCAAGAUCCGUGCUUGCAUGAUGUGUCUCCACGCAUACUUCAACAUCUACUUGCAAGCAAAGAAUGGCUGGAAGACUUUUAUAAAUCGCCGUACUGCUGUCAAGAAAAUAAACUCUCUUCCAGAGGUGAAAGGAAGUCGGUUACGGGAAAUCGAUGAUGUUUGUGCAAUCUGCUAUCACGAGUUCACCACCUCUGCUCGCAUUACUCCUUGCAACCAUUACUUCCAUGCACUUUGUCUUCGGAAGUGGCUGUACAUUCAGGACACCUGCCCGAUGUGCCAUCAGAAAGUGUAUAUUGAGGACAAGGAAAACGCCAGUAUCUCCAACAACAAUGGGUUUGUGGCACCAAAUGAAAAUCCUGUGCAAGUUGCAGAAGAAGCUGCUGAAGCUGAAAAUGAAUUAAAUGAAGACAAUGACAGUUCUGAUAGUGAUGAGGAUGAUGAUGACUGUGUGGUGCAGCACUUGAACGAGACUCUUAAUGUUGACUCUAACUCUCUUGGUGAUUAAGAUGUCCUUUACUAAGCUGUGAGGUAUUAAGGAUUGACCUCAAGAGAAUAAAGUAUCACUUUGUAGUUAUUGUACUUAAGCACAACAGCAGUAUCUCAGUGUUGGGUCUGUGAAUGGUGGUUGUUUACUGUGGUGUGUGCUACUGUAAAUAUACCUCUAAUUUUUGCUGGUCUCUUUCAUGACCACCUUAAAAUUAUGUACAUUAUUGUACAUGGAAUAAAAUGUUUUCACGUUUU